UGAGCGAGUUGCUGAACAUGUCGAUCUCAUCAAUUCCACGCGAAUGUCUGGCGUGCGCCACAGACAUUGCUAAAGUUACCUCUUAUGCGAAGCAAGGAAUCGACUCAGCCGCUGUUUCAGGUUACAAUUUCAGAAGAGAAUCAUAGGAAUCCUUGUUCGAACGACGCGCAGAAAUGGAGGUCGAGAAAGGUGUGCAGCGGUGGGUGAUCGACAUAUCCGAAUGGAAUCCUUCAUCACAUGAAUUCUCGCUGGCGAUGUCUCUUCUUCCUCAGCACCAGCACUCCUCUAUAACCAGGUUUUUGAAAUUUGAGGAUCGGAAAAGGGCAAUUGUAAGCCGGUUGUUGCAGUAUGCCCUAGUGAAUCGAGUAUUGGGAAUUCCAUUUGAUCAGAUUGUCAUUGAGCGGACUCCAGAGGGAAAACCCUUUUUGGUCUGUGAUAACGGGACAUUGGCUUUUCCAAAUUUUAAUUUUAAUGUAUCUCACCAUGGCGAUUAUGUUGCAAUUGCGUCUGAACCAAUAUGUCUUGUCGGGUUGGAUAUUGUAUCUUAUUCUCUCCCUGUGGAUGACACGGUUGAAAGUUUUAUUAGUAGCUUCUCUUCAUACUUCUCUACUCUAGAAUGGUGUCAUAUCUUCAGUGCUAGCUCUUCUGAUGAGAUGUUGAAAGUCUUUUACAGAUAUUGGUGUCUGAAGGAAGCUUUUGUCAAGGCCAUGGGUAGCGGUUUGGGAUACAAGUUAGACGAUGUUGAAUUUCAUCACACGAACUGGGAAAAUAUAUCUGUCAAAGUUUCCGGGGAAGUGUUAAACGAUUGGAAAUUUUGGCUCCUGCAACUGGGGCAAAAUCAUUCGGUAGCCAUUGCCCGAGGUCAUCCGAGGGCUGCGACUACCACUUACAUGAGAACAUUAAAACAAAUCGAAUUUGAUGACCGUGAGUACAGACUUGGUCUUCAUCUUCCAAAUGCGAGUUUUAGAUUCCUAAGAGUCGAUGAGCUUAUUCAACUAUGCCAGCAUCUUGACUGAAGAAACGAUGGAGAAAGCAAACCCGAGUGUGAAGAAAUGCAAAAUGGCUGUUAAUGACGAUGGAAACAGGUUUGCAUUAAGGGUGUUUUGUUAUAUGAAUACAAUAUUUUUAUGAGUUUUGUAAUUUCUUUACCAAACCAUGAAAACAAUCUAACCUUUUUCUUGGAGAAAGCAAGGAUCAACGUCUAUGCUUAGAUACUGCAAGAUUUUGAAUGUUUGUUACAGGCUCGACCCGAAAAUCACAAAUUUUGAAAAUGGAACUUUUGGCGAAUUUUUAUUUUUUUAUAGCGUGAGAAUCCGACUGCUUAAAGUAAUAGCACAAUCUACUUCAAUCCAGUCGCUGAUUUGAGGGCACG